AUGAAUAUAUUCCGAUUACUUGCCGAUCUAUCCCAUCUAUUGGCUAUUAUAAUCUUGUUGCUUAAAAUAUGGAAAACAAGAUCUUGUGCAGGUAUAUCUGGAAAAUCGCAAAUACUUUUCUCCAUCGUGUAUACCGCAAGGUAUUUGGAUUUACUGACUACAUAUGUGUCCGCAUAUAAUACUGUUAUGAAGUUGGUCUUCAUCGUGGCUUCAUAUGCCACGGUUUAUUUGAUGUACGUAAAGUUUAAGGCCACCUACGACCACAACCACGACACCUUUAGAAUCGAAUUUCUGCUAAUACCUUGUGUGAUCUUGGCGUUGCUGAUAAACCGCGAAUUUACAUUUUUAGAGGUGUUAUGGACAUUCUCUAUUUAUUUGGAAUCUGUUGCUAUUUUGCCACAAUUGUUUUUGGUUUCAAAGACUGGAGAGGCAGAAAGUAUUACAUCUCAUUACCUAUUUGCCUUGGGUUCAUACAGAGGACUCUAUCUUUUGAACUGGAUUUACCGUUACAUUGUUGAAGACCACUAUGAGUUGAUUGCUAUUAUUGCUGGAGUUGUGCAAACAGUUUUGUAUUGUGAUUUCUUCUACCUUUACAUUACAAAAGUUCUUAAAGGAAAGAAACUUCAACUACCUGCAUAA